AUGGCAGGAGGUAAUAUUACUGAUGAUGAUGAAUUAGCUUUCCAUGUUGGGAUUGAGUUGCGAGAGAUAUCGAUGUCUGAUAAUGAUGAUCUUGAAGAACCUAGCAAGACGAUGAAGACAUCUAUUACUCCAUUUGUUCUCGCAUUCAGUAAUCUAAGUUACAGCCUUAAUACAUGUACGGAAAUGACAUUUUCUAGUAUUUUUUAUAGAAAAGAUACCAAGAAAAUGCCCAAGUCCUCCAAGGAGAAAAUCUUGUUGAAUGAUAUCUCAGGUGAAGCUAGAGAAGGUGAAAUUCUAGCUAUUCUUGGUCCUAGUGGUUCGGGAAAGUCAACCUUGAUUGAUGCACUUGCGAACAGGAUCUCUAAUGAAAGCUUGAAAGGAUGUGUCACGAUGAAUGGUGAAUUUCUAGAGUCGGGGCUUCUCAAAGUAAUUUCUGCUUAUGUCAUGCAAGACGAUUUGUUGUUCCCUAUGCUAACAGUUGAAGAGACGCUAAUGUUCUCGGCUGAGUUUAGAUUGCCUCGUUCAAUCUCAAAAUCAAAGAAAAUGGCAAGAGUUCAAGAUGUGAUGGAUGAGCUUGGGUUGCUUAGAGCAGCAAAUACCUUAAUAGGAGAUGAAGGUCUUAGAGGCAUUUCUGGAGGUGAGCGUCGUCGUGUUUCAAUUGGAGUUGAUAUAAUUCAUGAUCCAAUUGUACUAUUUCUUGAUGAGCCAACGUCAGGACUUGAUUCAUCGUGUGCUUUCAUGGUGGUGAAAGUCCUGCAGAGAAUCGCUCGGAGCGGGAGGAUAGUUAUUAUGUCCAUUCACCAACCUAGUUCCAGAGUUGUUGGCUUAUUCGAUCAAAUGAUAUUUCUCUCGCAGGGUGAAACCGUCUACUAUGGCUCUCCCAAUCAUCUCUCACUUUUCUUGUCGGAUUUCGGUCAUCCAGUCCCUGAGAAUGAAGAUAUAACCGAAUUCAUGUUAGAUCUAUAUCGUGGACUAGAAGGGAUACCUGGUGGAACAAAAAGUAUUGUUGAAUUCAACAAACUGCGGCAGAAAUUAGCAGAAAACCAGCAGUUCAAUUCAGAUUAUUCAAAUAUGUUGGGUGUAAGCAUAAAACAACCAAUAAUAGUAAGGGGAAAACUCAUCGACAGUAAUUUUAUGCACACUGCUCAAACAUCGAGCAUCUCGAAAUUUGCAAAUCCAUUCUGGGUUGAGAUCAUUAUACUAGUGAAACGAUCAUUAACAAACUCAAAGCGGAUGCCCAAAGUAUUUUUACUUCAACUUGGUGCUGUUGCGUUCGUAGGUUGUAUCUUUGCCAGUGUGUACUGGCAGCUUGAUAAAUCACAAGUAGGUAUUAAAGAACGAAUAGGGCUAUUCGCUAUGAUAGUGACAACCAUCUGGUUUGGUUCCAUAGAAGUUCUCGCAGUAUUCCUCCAAGAAAGGUACAUAUUCAUGAGAGAAACAGCUUAUAACUCAUACCGCCAUUCAUCUUACGUUCUAUAUCACUCAAUUUUAGUCAUAGCCUCGUUAUUCAUAUAUUCUAUAUUGUUAGCAUCAUUGACGUUCUCGCCAAUUGGUCUAGGUGGUGGAUUUCCAGGUUUCUUUUUUUAUUUCCUUGCGAUAUUUGCAUCAUUUUGGACAGCUAACUCGUUCGUGAGUUUGGUCUCAGGAUUGGUUUCUCUAGUUGUGGUGGGUUACAUUGUAGUAUUGACUACAGUUGCCGCAUUUCUUCAAUUCAGUGGUUUCUUUAUACCUAGAGAUAGAAUUGCAUCAUUUUGGAUAUGGCUCCAUUACAUUUCUGCUAUGAAAUAUCCAUAUCAAGCCAUCUUGUUAAACGAAUUCGACAUCCCAAAUAUGUGUGUGGUUGAAGGCAUUGCUCCAGAUAAGUCUUGCUUAGUCACUGGUUCAGAUAUAGUAAGAAAGCACGACGCAGCCGAUUUAAGCAAAUGGAGUUGCUUGUGGAUUACUUUGGCAAUGGGUGUCUUCUACAGAAUUCUCCUUUACAUCGCUUUAUUGUUUGGCUGCAAGAACAAGAGGAAGUAGUUCUGUACAAGAUAAAUUUUCCGCAUGUCUUGUAAGAGUGAGAAUUUUUAAUUUGUUAGGUGAUAUUU